UAAUCAAUUCAAUCCACUCAGUCAUUCAUAUUUUAAACAUCGAAUUGAGUUGUUAAAUUUAGAGCAUCCAACAACCUUAUCAAAAUGAAAUUGAUUUGGGUUUUUUCACUAUUUUGUUUGGCACUCGUAUCGAAGGAAAUUAUGGGCGAACUUGUGAAAGUUGAGAAUGUCGCUUGGCGCUGGCCUGGUGCCACUGCAAGCUGUCCUCCUGGUAAACGAAUGCUGGCUGGCGGUGGAAAUUGCAGAUCUCAGGACGGCAGAGGCUGGACGUUUUUAGCAGAAAGUCGUCCAAUCAGUAUAAACCAAUAUACAGUUAGAUGUGAUACACCUGAACAGCAAAAUAUCAUUGCCGAGGCAUAUGUUGUUUGCGAAUAAUUUAUUACUUACCAAAUAUAUUCAUGAGUUUGACUUGUCUUUUUUUCAAUAAAAUACAAUUGUUUUAGUAGUAAA